AACUACAUCCAUCACCUACGAAUCGAGAAAAAUUAGGAAUGUCUAUUUCAAUAUAAUCGCCUUCGAUGAUCGUUUUAUCUAAAUUGUUAACUUGAAUGAUAUUAGAACAAGACUUAAUCUUUUUUUUUAUAUUAUGUAUCGUAAUAUUUCAAAAAUCAAAAGAUUAAAUAACGAUAUUUUUCAGUGCGAAUGUAUUAACGAGACGUUCUCACCUUCUUUUCUCCAUUCAACAGAUCACCAGAUUUGUGAGUGUCAUCUAAUCCACCGGCCGUGACCUUUGACAGCGGCGAAGCCUUGCACGACGAAAAAAUGCUUGUCAAGAGGAUGACAAGUACCGUUAAAGCCUGCCACCCUUGACGAAUAAAUCGUAAUUGGAACAUAAAUAUAUAAUUCGUAAAUAUUUCAAUCUAAUUGAGGGGUUUUGCUUCUUGGUGAUAACAAUAACAAUUAAUAUGGAUAAUCAAUAUCAUGAAUUGAUUUUGAGAACUAUUACUCAGGAUUUGCAUCUGGCUGUCUCGAAAUCACAAAAUAAUGAAACCAGAUCAUCGAAGAUUUCAAUAUCGAUGAAAAAUGUGAAACAAGUUCAGAAUGAUAAUUAUUUUAAUGAAGGAAAAGCUUUGAACAUCCUUACAGACCAGGACGAGGACGAUGAACUAGAUGUCAAAGUCGAAAAAGAUUUCAAUGACCUAUUUUGGAGGGAAAGUUUUUUUAUCAAUGGAAGUAAUUACAACGGUACCUGGGACGCAGUCGGCAUGGCAGGAAUUGGAAAAUACAUUUUACCGAAUGCAACCAUCUUUGAGGGUGAAUUUCGUGAUGACAAAUUUCACGGAAACGGAACCAUGUCCUGGCCGUGCGGACAAAGCAUAGAUGGAGUCUGGAUAUCUGGCAAGCUGAAAAGUAAGCGGUACAGGUUCAAGGAUGAUUUAAUAUUCGUCGAAGAUGGCUGGGAAUAUUGUCAAUUUCCUGACAGACGAUUCUACGCUUGCGUCACGACUGGCUUGAGACCUGCACGGAUAACGCUAAAAACGAAUUGUCAACCGGCUAAAACAAUUCCUCUCUUUUGCUACGAUGUGGGUAACGGUAUAUACUAUCCGAAUACUCGUUGUAUCAUGUCAUAUGAUUCAACAAAGAUAAUCGAAAUACCAACUAAAUCGAGAAUCGAGUGGAUUAUAGGCAAUUGUCGGAAAGGCUAUGACAAACCUACACACUAUCAGCCAUGGCUAAAUGAGAAUUGGUCGAAAAAAACGAGAGAAGAGUUAAAUAUAGAAUAUUGUUUACCCUUAUCAACCGAUUCACCGCAAGGAUGGUGGAAAAGAUUGUCGACUUUCGAGCAAGAUACCAACAUAUAUCAGAAAGAUGACGAGUUCCUUUGCAAACAUUGUUAUCUGAACCGAAGAGAGAAAAAAACAUGUGAAAGUAGCGAAAAAACAAAUUGCUGCAAUUAA